AUAAAUAGAGGAAGAAGAAGAUAACAACAAGAUAUGCGAAACUUUACCUGCCCAGUCACUUUGAUUCGAUCUUUUCAGUAACAGAGAUGGGACUCUUACCAAAAAGAGGCAGUUUGUACGUGUUUUUAUUCAUUAUUCUUCUGCAAGAGGGACAUUAUCGAUGGGUUGAGGCCGACCAUUGUGUAUGGUACGGUGAAUGUGGGGAGUCCAAGGUGUCUGGGAAAAAGUACAACUGCAACUACACUGGUCCUCCCAUCCCACUACCCUCUGAGGGUUAUGACCUUCUAGCGGAGCUUUGCCCUGGAUUUGACUAUGGAAGUCGAGACAUCUGCUGUAACAUUGAGCAGUUGCGCACUCUCAAAGGAAGUCUCCAGCUACCCCUUCAGUUUCUGUCUCGGUGUCCCGCUUGUUUCUUCAAUCUCAUGAACCUGUUCUGUGAGCUUACAUGCAGUCCCAACCAGAGUCAGUUCAUGAAUGCCACUAAGUUCAAUGGGACCAGUGUGGUGGAGGUUCAGUACUACAUCGGAAAGUCAUUUGCUAACGCCAUGUACAAUGCCUGUAAGGAUGUCCAGGCACCAUCGAGCAACGUAAAGGCCUUAUCACUGCUAUGUGGGAAGGAUGCAAAAGAGUGCAAUGCAACCAACUGGAUUCAGUUCAUGUUUAACACUGACAAUCAACAGACUCCUUUCCCUAUCAUCCCAAUAUUCUCAGAUGUUCCAGUGUCUGGUUUCACACCCAUGAACAACAGGACUUACAACUGCACUGAGGGUUUGGAGGAUGGGUCAGGCCCAUGCUCCUGUCAGGACUGCUCACAAGCCUGUGGCCCCAAACCAGUUCCUCCCCCGCUUCCACCUCCCUGGACCAUCCUUGAUAUGGAUGCCAUGAGUGUCAUCAUGUGGAUCUCGUACAUGAUCUUCCUCCUUUUCUUUACUGGAGCCGUGGUGGCAGCUUGGUGUUACAGGAAAAGGACAAUCAUGUCGGAGUACGGACCCAUACUGGACAGCAAUAACCCACUGUCUCUGAACAGUGAUAAUCCUGACCAAGUUAAUGCAUCCUGUGGUGAGACACUGGGCGAACGCUUUGAGAAUAUCCUGCGGAUCCUGUUUAGUUCCUGGGGUUCAUUUUGUGUACGGCAUCCCUUUCUGGUCAUACUGGGCAGCUUCAUAGUGGUGACGGCCUCCUCCAGCGGCCUCAUAUACAUGCGCAUCACCACUGACCCCGUCGAGCUGUGGUCGUCUCCCGACAGCCAGGCUCGCCAAGAGAAAAAUUACUUUGACAGCCACUUUGGACCCUUCUUUAGGACCACACAGCUGAUUAUAACCACUCCAAUCAUUGACACAUUCAUCUACUCUCCUUACUUUGGAGGCUCAGAUGUUCCAUUUGAAGCUAUUCUGAGGAAAGAUAUCUUACACCAGGUUUUGGAUCUGCAGCUUGCCAUUGAGAACAUUACAGCCAAAUACGAGGGCCAAGAUGUCCGUCUGCAGGACGUUUGUUUGACUCCGUUGGCCCCAUACAAUAACAACUGUACCAUCUUGAGUGUCCUCAACUAUUUCCAGAAUAGCCAUGAGGUAUUGGACCACACCAUAGGAGAUGAGUUCUAUGUUUAUGCUGACUACCACAGCCAUUUCCUCUACUGUGUCAGCGCACCAGCAUCACUCAACGACACCACUCUCCUCCACGACCCCUGCUUAGGAACAUUUGGAGGCCCCAUCUUCCCCUGGUUGGCCCUUGGGGGUUAUGAUGAGGAGAACUACAACAACGCCACAGCUCUCGUGAUCACUUUCCCUCUCAACAACUACCUGGAUGAUCCAGUCCGCCGAGGCAAAGCACUCGCAUGGGAGCAAGCAUUCAUCAACUUCAUGAAAAACUUCAAUAAUGCAAACCUGACCAUAGCGUUUAGCGCAGAGAGGAGCAUCGAGGAUGAAAUAGACAGAGAGAGCAACAGUGAUAUCAGCACCAUUGUGAUCAGCUACGCCAUUAUGUUCAUCUACAUCUCUUUGGCCCUGGGUCACAUCCAUAGCCUCAGACGUUUGAUGGUAGAUUCUAAGAUUUCUCUGGGCAUCGCAGGGAUUCUGAUUGUACUGAGCUCAGUGGCGUCGUCACUGGGGAUUUUCAGUUACGCUGGUAUUCCCCUCACACUCAUUGUGAUUGAGGUGAUCCCCUUCCUGGUCCUGGCUGUUGGAGUUGAUAACAUCUUUAUUAUAGUGCAGACGUAUCAGAGGGAUGAGCGUCUGCCUCAGGAGGAGCUUCACCAGCAGAUCGGUCGUAUUCUUGGAGAUGUUGCCCCCAGUAUCUUCCUCUCCUCCUUCUCUGAGACUGUGGCCUUUUUCUUGGGAGCCCUGUCCAACAUGCCAGCGGUGAGGACUUUCUCUCUUUUUGCUGGCUUGGCUGUUUUUAUUGAUUUCCUGUUGCAGAUCAGCUGCUUCGUCAGCUUGCUCGGCCUGGACGCCAAACGACAGGAGGGAAAUCGUCUGGACAUCAUUUGCUGCGUGAAGCUGCCAGAAGGUCAGGAAGUGAAGACAGAUGGCUUCCUUUUUUGGUUUUUCAAGAAAAUCUAUGCUCCAUUUGUUCUCAAAGAGUGGGUGCGCCCCGUCAUAAUUGCAGUGUUUGUUGGGAUCCUCUCCUUCAGUGUUGCAGUGGUAAAUAAAGUAGAAAUUGGACUGGAUCAGAAACUCUCAAUGCCUGAUGACUCGUACAUGUUGAACUACUUUGAGAACAUCAGCAUGUAUCUCCACACCGGAGCUCCCGUCUACUUCGUGGUAGAGGAUGGACUCAACUACAGUAGCCUUGAUGGCCAGAAUGCUGUAUGUGGAGGUGUGGGCUGCAACAACGACUCCCUGGUCCAACAGGUGUACAGCGCUUCACUCAUCAGCAACUACACAAGGAUUGCAGUCACACCGUCAUCGUGGCUCGACGACUACUUUGACUGGGUGAAGCCUCAGUCCACCUGCUGUCGCUACUACAACAAUACUGGGGCUUUCUGCAAUGCCUCGGUGGUGGAUCCGUUGUGCGUCCACUGUCGGCCCAUGACUCCGAGUGGAAAACAGAGGCCUGUCGGUGAAGACUUCAUGCGCUUUCUGCCCAUGUUCCUGUCAGACAAUCCCAACGUCAAAUGUGGCAAAGGCGGCCACGCGGCAUACGCCACAGCUGUCGAUCUUUAUCCCAACAACACCGGCGUCGGAGCCACGUACUUCAUGACCUAUCACACCAUCCUGAAAGAUUCCGCAGACUUCAUAGACGGUUUAAAAAUGGCCCGCGUCCUGGCUGAGAAUAUUAGUCAGAGCAUGGACCACCACGUUUUCGCCUACAGUAUUUUCUACGUCUUCUACGAGCAGUACCUCACCAUUGUACACGACACGGCUCUGAACUUAGGCGUGUCAGUGGGCGCCAUAUUCGUGGUGACGACGGUGUUGCUGGGCUUCGAGUUGUGGUCUGCAGUGAUUGUCUGUAUCACCAUCGCCAUGAUCCUGGUCAACAUGUUUGGCGUCAUGUGGCUGUGGGGCAUCAGCCUCAACGCAGUGUCCCUGGUCAACCUGGUCAUGAGCUGUGGUAUCUCAGUAGAGUUCUGCAGUCACAUAGUGCGAGCAUUUUCCGUCAGUGUGAAGAAGAACAGAGUGGAGCGGGCUGAGGAGGCGCUGGCUCACAUGGGCAGUUCGGUGUUCAGUGGGAUUACAUUAACAAAGUUCGGCGGUAUCCUGAUCCUGGCGCUCUCCAAGUCCCAGAUCUUCCAGGUUUUCUACUUCAGGAUGUACUUAUCCAUAGUGUUGCUGGGGGCGACGCACGGCCUCCUCUUCCUCCCUGUUCUGCUCAGCUAUAUAGGUCCUUCAGUAAACAAAGCCAAGGUAUUCGCUGCAAACCAACGCAACGUCGGCACAGAAAGGGAGCACCUCCUCAACUACUAGCGCUGAGGAAAUGAACAAUGAACUAACUCUUGGUCUGAGAGGGACAGUGUGGGUGUGAGCGCUAGCUGUUUCUGUGAUUACUGACACACUCAUCAUCGCCACUACUAUGCACGGAUUAACUCAGGAAUAUCCCCGGGAGCGCUCAGAGGUCUCGUCUGGCUACUUGGUGAUUUUCCUCAGAGGACCGCGGACGCCCUCAUCAUCUUCACACUACACAAGAGGUUUGACUUUGGGAUUUGAAGCACCGAGGACAAACCGCAGACCAGGAAAUGACACAUUGACAGUGUGGAAGUAGGAGAGACGCCACCGCUAACAUCAGUUUACAUACAAACUCUCAGUCAGUCAGUUCCAUAUGCUACGAGUUAUUUUGAGCCGGGAACUCUGAAAAAGGGUAAUACUGAACAGUUUUUUCAUGCUUUUUUAAAAAUAUGUACAAGAAAAAUGUGGAUAUUUUUAGAGCUAUUUAAUAUUAUCAGUUGUAUAUUGACUUGAACAUAGUGCACACUUACUCUUAACAGGUGACCAAAAUAAAAUGACAAGCCCUCAUGACAACUGGCAUCGACAUGAAUCUUGGACGAAAACUUUAGCAUUUACAGACGCCAGUAACAUGAAAUUAGUGCUUUUAGCAGGUUUAGGGUCCAAACCAUUUUUAUUUUUAUCUAAAUAUAACCCCCCACACACACCCCCAAAUGAUAAACCUUUACUUUCUCACAAUUUUACUUCAAACCAGAACUCAGAUCUGCUGUGUUCACUGUAGAUGUUGUAUAUUCCUUCCCACUCACGCUGUUUUUUCACAUCACUAGCUGUUUUUGGGAUUCAGUGACACGUUUUAAUUUUAGUAUCAGAUGAUCCAUCUCAGGCGUCCUGUUAAUGUGUGCGACUGCAUUGUUAGUCUGUGAAGAAAACCUCCCUGUGUGAUACCAAGAUACAUGUCAAUGCCAGGUUUACAUUAUUAUUAUGAUUUUAAGUGUAAAUGAAACACUGUGCAGUUACUGAGUAGAAUAACGGUUGCAUUGAAGCUGUACAUUUGUAUGUAAAUAACCUACACAGGACUAAUUAAUCUGAUUACAGUAGAAUAACUGUCCAACGGUACAGUUCUGUGUGUUUCAUUCCUACAGUUUCUAAGUUAUGUUUUAUUUUUUUUAUUAGCUAUGAACUUGUGUUUCUCUGCAUUACUGUCUUAAACCCUUCCAAAGUCCUUACUAAGCGUUCAUGUGUUUCUAAGGACAAAUGGAAAUGUUACAACAAUAACUUUGUUCAUGUGCAUCAUCCAGGGUGUGACUUUCAGUAUUUGUAUCCAGACGAUCAUGUUCUUCUGUAAAGGACUCAGUCUGGUCAGAUGUUGAAGGAGAAUUACCCCACAUUUUUCUUUUUUAAAAAAAAAAGAAGUUUUCAGUUUUCCCAUGAUGCAGUAAUGUUUUUGGAACUUAAAGACAA